AUGGAAUCGCUUUAUCGAAGUGAAGAAAUGUGCUUAGCACAGUUGUUUCUGCAAACGGAAGCUGCGUAUACUUGCGUCGCAGAGCUAGGAGAAUUGGGUCUUGUGCAAUUUCGUGAUCUCAAUCCAGAUGUAAGUGCUUUCCAACGGAAAUUUGUGAAUGAAGUGCGAAGAUGUGAUGAAAUGGAACGAAAAUUAAGGUUUUUGGAGCGUGAAAUCAAAAAAGACUUAAUACCAAUGUUGGAUACAGGCGAAAAUCCAGAUGCUCCACAACCGAAAGAGAUGAUUGAUUUAGAAGCAACAUUCGACAAGUUAGAAACUGAAUUACAAGAGGUUAAUCAAAAUGAAGAAAUGCUGAAGAAAAACUUCUCGGAAUUAACGGAACUAAAACACAUUCUUCGGAAAACACAACAGUUCUUCGAAGAGGCUGGAGCGGAAACAAUCGUGCCACCAAAUGCGCCAGUUGCUACCGGUCUCCCAGAACAGAUCGUUCUGCAAGAAACUGAGGGAAUAGGCAUCGAGUUAUCCGGUGCCGGAGUCACUGGCCAAAUGUUUGCUAAUUUUGGUUUUGUUGCUGGUGUCAUUGAGAGAGAGCGGCUUCCAGCAUUUGAACGACUGCUGUGGCGUGCUUGUCGUGGCAAUGUCUUCUUGCGGCAGUCUGAAAUAGCCGAACCACUUAUCGACACUACCACUGGGGACCCAAUCAUCAAUACAGUGUUUAUUAUAUUUUUCCAAGGUGAUCAGUUGAAAACUCGUGUUAAAAAAAUUUGCGAAGGCUUUCGAGCAACUCUUUAUCCGUGUCCGGACACUCCUCAAGAACGACGAGAAAUGUCAAUAGGGGUGAUGACUCGUAUUGAAGAUCUGAAAACUGUUUUAGGACAAACACAAGACCAUCGACAUCGUGUUCUGGUUGCUGCAUCGAAAAAUGUACGUAUGUGGCUAACAAAAGUGCGUAAAAUCAAAUCUAUUUAUCAUACAUUGAAUUUGUUCAAUUUGGAUGUCACCCAGAAAUGUCUGAUUGCUGAAUGUUGGUGUCCGGUAGCUGAUUUAAAUCGCAUCCAACUGGCACUCAAAAGGGGAACGGAAGAAUCAGGAAGUACAGUACCAUCAAUUCUAAAUCGUAUGUCAGGUAUAACGGAAGCACCUCCAACUUUUCAUCGUGUUAACAAAUUCACGCGUGGUUUCCAAAACAUUGUCGAUGCGUAUGGCAUUGCAUCGUAUCGAGAAAUAAAUCCGGCUCCAUACACAAUGAUCACAUUCCCGUUUAUUUUCGCUGUUAUGUUUGGUGACUGCGGCCAUGGACUCAUUAUGCUUUUAUGCGCUCUCUUUUUUAUAUAUCGAGAAAAGCAUUUAGAAGCAGCUCGAAUAAAUGAUGAGAUUUUCCAAACAUUUUUUAACGGUCGUUAUGUGAUAUUUCUGAUGGGUUGCUUUUCUGUAUACACGGGAUUCAUCUAUAACGAUGCAUACAGCAAAUCAUUCAAUUUAUUCGGAAGUUCAUGGAGAAAUAUCUACGCGGAUUUAAGUAAAUAUGAGUCUGAGAAGGAACUUAUGCUUACACCACAGUGGGCUUAUUACAAUUUGUCAAUUGGCCCUUAUCCUAUAGGUGUUGAUCCAAUUUGGAAUCUUGCGGAGAGCAACAAAUUGAAUUUUUUAAACUCGAUGAAAAUGAAAAUGUCUAUCAUAAUUGGUGUUGCGCAAAUGACAUUUGGUGUCAUGUUAAGUUAUGAGAAUUACAAAUACUUUGGUUCUCGUCUAGAUAUCCUAUAUAUGUUUAUCCCACAAAUGCUAUUCCUUGGCUGUAUUUUCAUUUACCUUUGUUUAGAAAUUCUCUUCAAAUGGCUGCUUUUCUCUGCUAAGAGUGGUUAUGUUUUGGGUUAUGAAUAUCCAUCGUCUAAUUGUGCCCCGUCGUUGUUGAUAGGGUUUAUUAGCAUGUUUAUGAUGAAGUAUCGCCCAUCUGGAUUUCUUGAUCCUGAAGGAAAUGUGUAUCCGCAGUGUUAUCUGAAUCUUUGGUAUCCGGGUCAGUCAUUUUUUGAAACAUUAUUUGUGCUUAUUGCGGCAGUGUGCAUCCCGAUUAUGUUAUUUGGUAAGCCGUAUAUGCAGUGGAAGGAGUUCAAAGAGCGAGCCACCUUAGGAAGUUCUAACUUGAGUGUUCGUGCUGAAUCGAAUGGUGAUGAUGCACACAUAAUCCACAAUGAUUUAUCGAGAUCAUCAACCACGCAUAUUGAGGAAAAAUUCGAUUUUGCUGAUGUUAUGAUUUAUCAAGCUAUUCAUACUAUUGAAUUUGCUCUGGGUUGCAUAUCGCACACUGCUUCAUAUCUUCGCCUUUGGGCACUUUCGCUUGCUCAUGCUCAAUUAUCGGACGUAUUAUGGACCAUGGUUUUCCGUCAGGCUUUUAUGCUAAAUGGUUAUAUGGGAGCAGUAGCGACAUAUGUUCUCUUUUUUCUAUUUGCUUCUCUUUCAUUUUCAAUUUUAGUCAUGAUGGAGGGUCUCAGCGCUUUUCUACAUGCUCUUCGUCUGCAUUGGGUUGAAUUUCAAAGCAAAUUCUACAAAGGACUUGGUUAUGCUUUUGUUCCAUUUUCAUUCGAUAAAAUCCUAGAAGAGGCUCGUACUGCUGAGGAAAAUAUAUAA